CCUACCUUCCUGUCAGGCAUGUUUUAAAUGAGGCAUGCUGUAUUUUCAGAGGUCAGGCGGUGCAUACAGUUUUGCACUGUCGUCUUGUAAUGCUGAACCAUACCACCAGUACCGGUACAAUUCAGCUUACCAUUCCACUCGUCAAGUGACAGUGACCACUUCUCGUUCUUAUGAGAGACACCAAGACAAUCGCAUGUCUCCAGGGUACCAGACAUCUGUGGUAAACAUCCCGUCGGCAAGACAAUAUUGUGUCUCUGAUCCUACCGAACAGUACUGUGACAAUGACUUUGAUUCGUACGAAAGGUGGGGUACAGCCGAGUGCAGUUGGGGGUAUCACAGCCAUAGACAUUCCACACACAACUCCUAUGAGCAUCAUGGCAGCCCAAGCACUGAUCACGUGAUUCGUAGUGGUGUUCGAUACAACCCUUACAAAAAAGUCACAUACAAGGACGGAAAGGCUGAGCCUUUCUACGACAUCAAGUACAAAUCUCCACUUUUCCGUUUGCACCUCUCCCAGCAGCCAAUGCGUUUCCGGUGUACGAAAUCACGUAGACAGUGCAAGAGAGAACCUGGGAAAUCUUAAGUUGUUGUGAUCGACCAGGAGUCAACAUGAAUUGUGAUGGGGAAUCUGAGUUGUGAUAGACAAGGGGGAAAUCUGAGACUAUUGAUAUUUGGGACAGUGCAAUUGAUAUAUAAUUUUUAAGUGCAAUAAUUUGA